GAAACAGGUGACCUACGUUACGCACGUGUUGCGCAAUUUUGUGCCCAGACGAUUGAUAUUGAGGAACAGUAAAUUUCUGACCAUCGGGUAAAGUAAAAGACAGUUCCACGAUGCCGAGGUGCCACUACGAGGUUCUCGGCGUCCAGAGGAACGCCACAGACGACGAUCUGAAGAAGUCCUACCGAAAACUUGCCCUCCGAUGGCAUCCAGACAAGAACCCGGACAAUGUGGAGGAGGCCACCGAGACUUUCCGCGAGAUCCAGCAGGCCUAUGAUGUCCUGAGCGACCCUCAGGAGAGAGCCUGGUAUGAUAAACACAGGGAGGCUAUCCUUAGGGGAGGGCUAGGCGAGGAUUACAAAGAUGACAGUGAGGACUUGAUGCAGUACUUCAGCAGUGCCGUGUUCUCUGGCUAUGGUGAUGAUCACAAGGGCUUCUAUGCAGUGUACGGAGACGUCUUCAAGAAGAUUGCCGAAGAAGACGCUCGUUUUGUGGAGCCAGAUGAAGAUGAGGAAAAGGCGCCAGACUUCGGCACCUCAGACUCUGUGUAUGAGGAGUCUGUAAGACCAUUCUACGCUUAUUGGCAGAGUUACUGCACUAAGAAGUCAUUUGUGUGGUUAGAGAAGUAUGACACGAGAGAGGCGCCAAACCGAAGGGUGGCUCGGCUGAUGGAGAAGGAAAACAAGAAGUUUCGAGACAAGGGGAAGAAGGAGUACAACGAAACGGUCCGACAACUGGUAGCGUUUGUGAAAAAGAGAGACAAGAGGGUCCAGGUGCAUAAGAAGCGGGUGGAGGAGAAGUUAGCAGAGCAGGCCAGGCUGGCAGCUGAGAGGCAGGAACGUUUGAAAAGGGAACAGGCCAAGGAAGUGGAGGGGUACAAAGAACAGGAGUGGAUGUGCGCGUCGGGUCUACAGGACGAACUGGCUGAUCUGGAGGCUCGCGUGGCGCAGGAGUUCGGAGACAGCGACCAGAGCUGGGAAGAUGAAGAGGAGGAGGAUGGGGAUUGCAGUGGGGAGGGGGAGGAGGAGGAGGAGCAAGAGGAGGAGAUGUACGAUGAUCUCUACUGUGUGGCUUGUAACAAGGCUUUCAAGACAGACAAAGCACUAGCCAAUCACGAACAGUCCAAGAAGCACAGAGAGAAAGUUGCCAUACUCAAGCAACAGAUGGAAGAAGAGGAGGAGGAGGUAACCAUGGCAACAGAGGAGGCAGAGGCAUCCACUGACACGCCUGAUGUAGAUGUCAAUGCAGAAUCAGAAGAAGAUGAAUUGCAGGCAGCGUGCGAAGAGAACACUCCGAAACCCAAACUUUCAAAAAAGCAGAAGAAAAGGAGACGGCAACAACAGAGAGAAAACCAGACUUUUGAAGAAGAUUCAAUCGACCAGUUGGAGGUAGAGUUAGAAAAUGUGCACGUCACCACAGACAAGGAUAGUGAAGGUAAUGUACCUGAGGGUGUUGAACCAGUGGAUUCACAGGAAAAAGACAACAACCAAAAGGCAAAGAAACUGACAGGGAGGAAAGCCAAGGAGGCCAGGAAAGCUGCUAAAGGAGCGAAAGGAACGUCACAAAGGAACGUUGCCAAGGACGUGCCCCAGCCUGCGACCGUUUGUAAUGUGUGCAUGUUUGAGUUUGCAACCCGUAACAAACUGUUUGACCAUAUCAAGUCCACAGGACACGCCUUACACCUCUCCUCCCAGCAGCAGCCCAGGGGGGAUGGGGGAGGGGACCAGGGGGGGAAGAAGGGGAAAAGGAAAGGAAAGAGGCAGUAACUAGUCUAGUUCUAUUAGUUGGCAGUAAGUUGUAAUGCAAUAAGCUAAGGCAUGGUUUCAACUGCGCAUGUGCAAUGCAGUGGGUUGUGGGUAAUAUGUCUAGGUUGAAGGCCUUUUGCCAUUCCCUGUGUAUUGCCAGGGGCCUUCAAUUUGAUAUUAUAUCUGUAUUUGUAUUUAUAGAACUGGUAUAACAGCCCUUCUGCGUAACACACUAGCUUUGCAGGAAUGCGGUGCAGCAGCAGCAGGUUCUAUAACACUGAACCACACCCUAUAUCCAGCGAAGAUGCCCCUUUUCUGUGCUUGGUGAUAACAACACAUAUACCAUUACCCACGAUGAAUCACAUUGCAUGUAUCAUUGUAUGCACUUCAAAGUUCAAACCAUGAAGUAGCUUAUUUUACAAGCAUUUUAGAUAUAGAAAUUAUGAAUAUGACAUUAGAGAAAACAGUUUCAAUUUUAUUUUGUGGAAGUAAGCAAUUUUGUUGAUGUCUGCCUAUGUUACACAUUGCGGUGGAACGUGUUAAGGGAAAAAAUAUGCUCUGUUGUUUGAGAUGCCUUCAUCAAGAAAACCAUUUAAGUAGGGUUGUGCUGAAAAUUUGUUUGUCAAUGUUUGUAUGAACCCUAACGUUAUAUUUGUUAGAUUUGAUUAUCAUGCAAAUAUGUCCGUUGUGAAAUGUGUUACUCCACAAGAUCAUUUCAUUGCUGAAAAGAAGUAAGAAAUCAUAAAUGAAUAAAGCACUUUGCUAUGAA